AAGGCACAGAGGCUGAACCCUCGUGAUGGCGCUAGGUCCCAGGUUCGCUAGCAUCCGAGAGGGGGGAUUGGGUCGCUCCAGAGGCCAUUGUGAAGGCUGCUGCCAGUUCUAGGGUCGGGGUGGGGUCAGGCUAGGUCCCUAUUCCUAGGGCUUUAGCACCGCUCACUCACAGGACCCCUUUUCCCAGGAGGACGUAUGGGUUUUUCCUGUCGCUCCAGCUUCUCUUUCGCGGCCCUUCCACGCUUGUCACUUACCUGAGCGCAGCAAAUCAGCACCUAGAGGUUGGGCUACUUUCGGCCAAAGGAGAACGGGGACUUGUGGGGGACGCUCCCUGCGCACCAAUGAAUGUGCAUGGAGAUGGAGAGGCGGGCCUGCUAGUGCGAACAAGCCAAUCACGGAAUCCCGGCGGCCGGCGGCCCGGGAGGCAGUCGCGCGCUCGCAUCCCCAAGAUGGCGGCGGUUAAGGACAGUUGUGGCAAAGGAGAAAUGGCCACAGGGAAUGGGCGGCGGCUCCACCUGGGGAUUCCUGAGGCCGUGUUUGUGGAAGAUGUAGAUUCCUUCAUGAAACAGCCUGGGAAUGAGACUGCAGAUACAGUAUUAAAGAAGCUGGAUGAACAGUACCAGAAGUAUAAGUUUAUGGAACUCAACCUUGCUCAAAAGAAAAGAAGGCUAAAAGGUCAGAUUCCUGAAAUUAAACAGACUUUGGAAAUUCUGAAAUACAUGCAGAAGAAAAAAGAGUCCACCAACUCAAUGGAGACCAGAUUCUUGCUGGCAGAUAACCUGUAUUGCAAAGCUUCGGUUCCUCCUACCGAUAAAGUGUGUCUGUGGUUGGGGGCUAAUGUAAUGCUUGAAUAUGAUAUUGAUGAAGCUCAGGCAUUGUUGGAAAAGAAUUUAUCGACUGCCACAAAGAAUCUUGAUUCCCUUGAGGAAGACCUUGACUUUCUUCGAGAUCAAUUUACUACCACAGAAGUCAAUAUGGCCAGGGUUUAUAAUUGGGAUGUUAAAAGAAGAAACAAGGAUGACUCUACCAAGAACAAAGCAUAAUGCUGGCAAUUAAAAAUGUGGUUUAGUUUUCCAAACAUGUUAUCUUAAAUACCCCUUUAUCCUUACAGGUUGACAUAACUUUGAAUGUUUUAACAGCAAGAAUUUUAAGAAAAGACAAACACCAUUUUAUUUAUUUAUAAAAACAAAAUUAGUUUCAAAUAUUUUUGACAUUGUGUUUUUUUUUCACAUUUCUCAGCAAAGCUAAUGGUAUUUUAAUCAUUAUUUUUGCCUGUCAUAAGAAAACUCUUAGCUGAAAUGGCCGAAAACUGUGAGACAUGCUAUGGAAGCUGAAUGCCGGACACUAGCACAGUUUACUUUUUCCCUUUCUAAUUGGCUGAUGUUACUCUCACUUGAUGUGGUUAAACCAUUUUAGAGGUAGAGAAGACAGACAGUUUGAAUAUUUGUAAACUUGUUUUUCUUUGGUAUAUUUAGGACUUAGUGGUCCUCUGUUGCUAUUGUCUUCUAUAAGUGGGGUUUCAUGACUUACUGCUUAACGAAUAACUAACUACUAUGAUAUUCUGGACAUUUUAGGAAAUGGUAAUUUGCCUUGCUACACAUUAAGAGGGCUAUUAAGACAACAUUUUUUCUAACCUCAGAUAAGUGCAGUGUCUUUGCAAUGCCAACAUAAGGGAGAUCUUGGCCAACGUGAAAUAAAAUUACUCAUUCAAAACUCUGCCUAAGGUGAUUUUGUAGUUCUUAACAGUUCUCCAAAGCAUCUUGAACAGGAAUAUUAAGAUAAAUGUAAAUCUGCAAUGGCUGAAAAGAGUUGUGAGCUUUUUUAUUCAUGAUAAAACCUUAUAGGAAUAGUAUAAAAAAUCCCUGUGGAAAGCUACUAGUACAUUGACCAGUGCUGGGUGAUACAGAUUCUGAUAAAAACAUAAAUGUAUUAGUUCAUCUCCGUGUAGUAAAAAGUAUACUUAUGCAAUGUUUUGUACUUGUAUUUCAUGAAAUUAAAACAGUGAUGCUAAAACUA